UCCUCUUGACCCAAUCCCUCGCACCUUCUGCAAGCAAUCUCUCCCAUGCUCUUACCGACACUCACACACAUCAUCAACACAUCCCUCCUCACAGGCAUCUUCCCCACUGCGUUCAAGCAGGCUCGGGUAACCCCACUGCUCAAAAAACCUACAUUAAACACUUCUCUUAUAGAAAACUAUAGACCUGUCUCUCUCCUUCCAUUCAUAGCGAAAACACUUGAACGUGUUGUCUUCAACCAGGUCUCAUUGUUUCUUUCACAGAACAACAAACUGGACGCUAAACAGUCAGGUUUCAGGAGUGGCCAUUCAACUGAGACUGCGCUUCUCUCGGUCACUGAAGCCCUGCGAAUUGCAAAAGCCCAUUCCAAAUCAUCAGUCCUCAUUCUGCUGGAUCUAUCUGCCGCGUUUGACACUGUCAAUCAUCAGAUACUCCUCUCCACUCUCUCAUCACUGGGCAUCGCUGGAAUUCCACUUCGCUGGUUUGAAUCCUAUCUCACUGAUGAUCCAACGGUAGCUGCAAGGAUCUCAGGUUGCCUGUCAGACAUCUCGGCAUGGAUGAAAGAACAUCACCUCCAGCUCAACCUGGCAAAGACUGAGCUUAUUGUCUUUCCUGCCGCUCCAACUCUACAGCAUGACAUCACGAUCCAGUUAGGUUCAUCAACAAUUACCCCAUCAACUUCGGUCAGAAAUCUUGGUGUAAUCUUUGAUGACCAGCUGACCUUCAAAGACCACAUUGCAAAGACUGCUCGAUCUUGCAGGUUUGCACUACACAACAUCAGAAAGAUCAGGCCCUUUCUGACGGAGCAUGCUGCACAACUUCUUGUCCAGGCCCUUGUCAUUUCUAGGCUGGACUACUGCAAUGCUCUUCUGGCUGGACUUCCAUCAAACACAGUCAAACCUCUACAAAUGAUUCAGAAUGCGGCGGCACGACUGGUCUUCAAGGAACCCAAAAGAGCCCAUGUUACACCUCUCUUUAUCUCAUUGCAUUGGCUACCAAUCGCAGCUCGCAUCAAGUUCAAGACACUGAUGCUUGCUCAUAGAACAACCACAGGCUCAGCACCCGCCUACAUGCACUCACUAUUAAGAAUCUACAUCCCCUCCAGAAAUCUGAGAUCUGCUAGUGAGCGACGCCUCGUGGUACCAUCACAAAGAGGCUCAAAAUCACUCUCCAGAACAUUCUCGUUCACCAUUCCUGGCUGGUGGAAUGAUCUUCCCACCCAUAUUCGGAGUACUGGAUCCCUGUCAAUCUUCAAGCAACAGCUGAAAACUCAUCUCUUUCGACACUACUUGACUUCAACCUACACAUAAAAAAAAAAAAAAAAAAAAAUCUUUCUCCUUACUUAUUCCUUCCCUUGCUAGCUUGUACUUAUUUAAACAAUGCCUGAGACUUGGUGUUACAAGCACUUCCUUUGUCGAAUUGCCUCUUCAAGAUGAAUCGCUUCAUGUGUUCCCCAAAUUGUAAGUCGCUUUGGAUAAAAGCGACUGCAAAAUGACUAAAUGUAAAUGUAAAUGUAAAUAUAUCUUCCAGAAGAAAGAGCUCAGAGAAAUGGUUCCUAAAAUAUUUUCAGAGCCAUUUGUAAGUGGCGUCUCUUUCAAAUGAAGAUGAUCAGAUGAGAGUCUGACUGAUGAUUAUAUAAUAAGACACUCAUGAAAUGUUUCUCUGUGAGUCUCGUGUCACAGCAGGAUCUGCUCAAGUCCACUA